GCUCAGUUUCCGGACGAGAGUCGCGCAGUUCGCUCGCGCCGCGACGCGACUCCGUCACAAGUUAGAUAGAUAGUCAAUUCGAAGCUACCACCAUGCUGAUAGGACUUGUUCGAGAUUCGGUGAUGCAGUGCUUUUGCCACUCAUGCCGAGCACCAGUUUUACCUGCAGCGCAUCGGCGGUCAGCGCCCGUCAAGAAACCCGUCGGAAAACCACGGACUAAGCAACCGAAGAAAGUCAAAUUCAUCACCACUGAAAUCCGUUGCCAAGAAAUGUCAAAGGGAGGAUUGGCGUAUGAAGUGAUCUUGGCAGAGCCAGUGGGCGUGCCAGUUCCUCGUCGUGCUGACUCACCUGAAAAGACUCCCUCUGUUGAAGAAAUUCAAGAGAAACUCAAAGCUGCAGAAGAGAGGAGACGUAGUUUGGAGGCUAGCAAGAUGGCCGCGAUCGCUCAGAAGAUGGCCAAAAUUGAGGAGGCUUCACGCAUCCGUAGCGAACAGACGAAUAACUUUAUCGUAGCCACAAAGGAAGCACUUGACGCCAAAAUGGACUCCCAUGAAGAGAAACGUGAGGCGUACAUCAAUGAAUUGCGCGCACGUCUUAAGGAUCAUCUUGAAGGCGUAGAAAAGACAAGAUUGACAUUGGAACAGCAAACUGCCGAAGUAUACAAGGCGAUUGAGGAUAAGAUGAACACAGCCGCCGACAAGCGCGACGAGAACAUCAAAAAGAUGCUGGAACGUCUGCGUGAACAUGAGGAGCAAGUCCGCAAGGUCCGCGCGGGCAACCAGGAACGCUUCCAACAGCUGGAGAGCGCCAUCCAGGACAAGCUGCAGCAGGCCGCCGACCGCCGUCUGCAGAUCGAGGCGGAGCAGCGGGAGAAGUUGCGCAACUACAAUAAUAAGCUCGCGGAGGUGCGGUCGGUUAUCACGACCAAAAUGGAGGAAAUCACCAAAGACAUCGAGGUCAAACUCACCACCGCCGAACAGAACCGGGAAAAGGAAAUUCAGAAGAAACUCGACUUUGUUAAAAAAGAGGAGCGACGCGCGGAGCUGGUGCGGCAGAACAAGAGCGCGCGCGCGGAGAGCGAGGCGCCCACCUCCGGCUAGGCACGCCGCGCCGCCACUCCGCCGACACGCCGACACGCCACAUCGCCGACUCGCCGACACGCCGACACGCCGACACGCCGACACGCCACAUCGCCGACACGCCACAUCGCCGACACGCCAUCGCGCCGGCGUCAUGCGUAGACGUUGAUCUCGAUCGAAGCGCGUAGUGUUUUAUUUUGCGCGAGCGCAGUCAGGGCUUCGACAUAGUGUGACGUCACUCGAUCGUUUCGCUAUUCUCUUCCCAUCACACGACGCCUAGCGCCGUGACGUCGCCGUUCCCGGUCGCUCGCUACGGGCGAUGCGAGUGAGAGUUUAUGUCGCUGCGAAAAUGUUCAUUUUUUUAUAUAUAUAAUCUGCGUAAUGAGGGUUCGGCCGGCUUACCAUAGAAUGAGUUAAUAUUCAGCGGAGCGAUUGCAUCGGCGUUGUUAUGAUAAAAUAAUUGACUCGAGAGUAAGAGUAACUCACCUGUCAGUGUCACGUCGCGGUGGGAUGUGACACCGAAUAUCUCCCUCGAUCAUGCUUAGGAUGUUCUAAAAUAAGACUUUGUUAAUUUUAAUAUUAUUUUCACCUAAAAUAAUGGGCAAUAUCGCUUUAUCUAUCACUUAUCAUGGCCUACGAUUAGAAAAAAAUAAAUAUCAGGUUUGUAGUAUAUCUAACUGUUUGUGAUUCGAAUUUCGGGAUUCUCUUGUGCUUGAUUUAUUUCUAAUCUGAAUUUCGAAUUACAAAGAGAUAAACGGGAGCCGAUUCAGUGGGUUCCGAUUACCGAGCGGAAAUUCAAAAGUAAAGCAUUUGCGUCGGAACCCUGUUUGAUAUGUAUUUUUCUACGACGGAGGGAAGAACGAAAUGAAAUGGAAUUAAUCUUUAAUCGUUAGUUAUAGACUAAUAUCAUUAUUUUUAAUGUUUAACAUAACGCAACAGUAUUUUAGGAAAGUAUAAUCUAAAUUUAAGUUUUUUCAUAUUAUCAUGAAUCACCAUCGCGCUAUAGACUGUCUUUUAUCAUAUAUUUUAUGUAUUAAUUUCUGUAUGUAUAUUGGUAGGUGAGGUGUGUACGUCGUCGCGGGUCGCGUUUGUGGUUUAGUCGAUGUUGUAUAAGUCGGUGGAUGCUUUGCCCGGAUAUUAAGCAGUUUAUUAGCACUAAACGUUUCGGUGACACUACCGGUCCAUACUAUGAACGCACCAGGCACGUUAAAACACGCCAGCGACUCCUACGCUCUCUAGAGUAUAUCUGCAACGUAUCGGGACCCGUUCAAUAGGGGUUAUACGAAGAUCUUUUUUUCCAUGCGCGUAUACAGAUACCGAAAUAGUAUGGAACGUUAUAGUGCUCCUUAUAACACCUAAAGUGUCCCAAAAACAAUCAGGGAUUGGUUACGAAUGAUCUGAAUUAUAUAU